GCGCGCCCAGCCCCUGCCGCGCCGGGCAGACGAUGCUGAAGAUGCUGUCGUUCAAGCUGCUGCUGCUGGCCGUGGCGCUGGGCUUCUUUGAAGGAGAUGCUAAGUUUGGGGAAAAGGGUGAAGGGAGCGCAGCGAGGAGGAGAAGGUGCCUGAAUGGGAACCCCCCGAAGCGCCUGAAAAGGAGGGACAGGCGCAUGAUGUCCCAGCUGGAGCUGCUGAGCGGGGGAGAGCUGGCGUGCGGAGGCUUCUACCCGCGGCUGUCCUGCUGCCUGCGGAGUGACAGCCCGGGGCCGGGGCGCCUGGAUCCCAAGAUCUUUUCUGUCACCAACAACACAGAAUGUGGGAAGUUACUGGAGGAAAUCAAGUGUGCACUUUGCUCGCCUCAUUCCCAAAGCCUGUUCCACUCCCCUGAGAGAGAAGCCUUGGAAAGAGACCUUGUACUCCCCCUGCUCUGUAAAGACUAUUGCAAAGAAUUCUUUUAUACUUGCCGCGGACAUAUUCCAGGUUUCCUUCAAACUACUGCUGAGGAGUUUUGCUUUUAUUAUGCAAGAAAAGAUGGUGGGUUGUGCUUUCCGGAUUUUCCAAGAAAACAAAUUAGAGGGCCAGCCUCGAACUACCUGGACCAGAUGGAGGAGUACGACAAAGUAGAAGACAUCACCAGAAAGCACAAACACAACUGCUUCUGUGUUCAGGAGGUUGUAAGUGGACUGCGCCAGCCUGUUGGGGCCGUGCACAGUGGGGACGGCUCGCACCGGCUGUUCAUUCUGGAAAAGGAGGGUUUCGUGAAGAUACUCACCCCCGAAGGAGAAAUUUUCAAGGAGCCUUAUUUGGACAUUCACAAACUUGUUCAGAGUGGAAUAAAGGGAGGAGAUGAAAGAGGACUGUUAAGCCUUGCAUUCCAUCCCAAUUACAAGAAAAAUGGAAAGCUGUAUGUGUCUUACACCACCAACCAGGAACGGUGGGCGAUCGGCCCCCACGACCACAUUCUUCGAGUGGUGGAGUACACCGUCUCCAGAAAAAACCCUCAUCAAGUGGAUCUGAGGACGGCCAGGGUAUUUCUUGAAGUAGCUGAGCUGCACAGGAAGCACUUGGGGGGACAGCUGCUCUUCGGCCCCGACGGCUUCCUCUACAUCAUCCUUGGUGACGGCAUGAUCACGCUGGAUGACAUGGAAGAGAUGGAUGGGCUGAGUGACUUCACAGGCUCGGUGCUUCGGCUGGAUGUGGACGCGGACACGUGCAACGUGCCUUACUCCAUCCCAAGGAGCAACCCGCACUUCAACAGCACCAAUCAGCCCCCCGAGGUGUUUGCCCACGGCCUCCAUGAUCCAGGCAGAUGUGCUGUGGACCGACAUCCCACCGAUAUAAACAUCAACCUAACAAUACUCUGUUCAGACUCCAAUGGAAAGAACAGAUCAUCAGCCAGAAUCCUACAGAUAAUAAAGGGAAAAGACUAUGAAAGUGAGCCCUCACUUUUAGAGUUCAAGCCAUUCAGUAACGGCCCUUUGGUUGGUGGAUUUGUUUACCGAGGCUGCCAGUCUGAGAGACUGUAUGGAAGUUAUGUGUUUGGAGACCGUAACGGGAAUUUCUUAACUCUCCAGCAAAGUCCUGUGAGCAAGCAAUGGCAAGAAAAGCCACUGUGUCUGGGCAGCGGUGGCUCUUGUAGAGGUUACUUUUCAGGCCACAUCCUGGGAUUUGGAGAAGAUGAAUUAGGCGAAGUUUACAUUCUAUCCAGUAGUAAAAGUAUGACCCAGACUCAUAAUGGAAAACUCUACAAAAUUGUAGACCCCAAAAGACCUCUGGUGCCUGAGGAGUGCAGGGCCACGGUGCAGCCAGCCCAGAUGCUGACCUCGGAGUGUGCCGGGCUCUGUCGGAAUGGCUACUGUACCCCGUCGGGAAAGUGCUGCUGCAGCCCAGGCUGGGAAGGGGACUUCUGCAGAAUCGCAAAAUGUGAGCCAGCGUGCCGGCACGGAGGAGUCUGUGUUAGACCGAACAAGUGCCUCUGUAAAAAAGGAUAUCUUGGUCCUCAAUGUGAACAAGUGGACAGAAACAUCCGCAGAGUGACCAGGGCAGGUAUUCUUGAUCAGAUCAUUGACAUGACAUCUUAUUUGCUGGAUCUAACAAGUUACAUUGUAUAGUUUCUGGGACUGUUUGAAUAUUCCUUUCCAGUGGGCAUUUAUUUUUUAUCCUGUCAUUAAAAAGAAAGACUGUUAUCCUGCUA